CAAGCGUCCAUUUUCUGAAGUUUAUUCAUCUUGGCACUUUUCAUAGAAAUGCUUCAGCUAAUUGUCUAAAAUAAUAAAUGUAGUGAGUGAUAUCGGAAUCGUGAAACUAUAUAGGACAUUAAUCUCAGUGCAAUGAAGUUAAAUUCGUGACAUAGUCGGGAUGAAUCACAUGAUAUUUCCUACAAACCUAAUAUGACAAGGUCUAUUACAAAACAUUGGUAACUCGAGUCGCUGGUCAAUCUGGUUUUGUUUGUGUCAGGUUAGACCACUUCUUCGAUGGUGUCCUGUGUUUAUAUUUCAGUGAUUAUCAAGUUCAAGUGGAAAUGGUUCGAGCCAAUAGUUUGAUGGCAGGCCAAGAGGGCGUGAAGACCCCACACCGCAUUGAACUGUGUGAGGACCAGCCUGUCCGACCCACACGUAACUAUAGGAAGCGCAGGAUCAUAGCUGCUGCAGAGCCAAAGACAGAGAAUGCUGUGAAGGUUGAACCCCCUGCGAAGGUAGCAUUGAGGUCUAAACCAUUGAAGUCUAGUAACGGGCUCACAAACAUGACGAAUGGGCAUACACUCCGCUCGCGAGCGGCAAGGGCCGCCGCACGCGCCGCAGAGAGUCACAAGCUCACAGAAUACUUCAAAGAAGAGCUGAAAAGCCCUAAAAUCGAGCCACCACCCUCACCCCCGCCAAUGGAAAAGACUGUCAAAGUAGAAGCUAAAGUUGCGAACGGAAAUACUAAUCACAAACUUACGGAAUAUUUCCCAGUAAGACGUAGUGUUAGGAAGACUUCUAAAUGUGUAAUGGCAGAGAAGAUGAGAGAUUUAGAGAGGGCUGUCAGAGAGCAGAGGGAGGAUGGAUUACAGGUGGCAUAUUUCGACGGUAAAGGCCGUGGCGUCAUAGCGACACGACCGUUCGGACGCGGCCAGUUCGUGGUGGAGUACUCAGGGGAGCUGGUAGGCGUGGCGGAGGCUCGAGAGCGGGAACACAAAUACGCACAGGACCCCAACGCCGGCUGCUACAUGUACUACUUCAGGCUGCAGGACCAACAGUAUUGUAUCGACGCCACAGCAGAGUCGGGUCGUCUCGGUCGUCUGGUGAACCACUCUCGCAAUGGCAACCUGCUGACCAAAGCCCUCUGGGUAGAUGGGCCGCGGCUGGUACUGCUGGCCGCACACGACAUCCAGCCCGGCGAAGAGCUGACGUACGACUACGGGGAUCGCUCCAAAGAGUCGCUGCGGCAUCACCCCUGGUUGGCGCUCUGACUUGGGCAUGACUCCUGAAAUCUCAAUUGGACUAAGCAUUAUUUAUUAAUUUAGCUUAUUUUAGUUGGUAUGAAGUUUGUUUGUUAUCAAAGUUCCGUUUCAAGUUUGGACGUAUUGUACUGUAUUGUUAAGUAGUGAGACAAGUGGCCUAAUACUGGUUUUGGUAUGUGAACAGGGUGGAAUGUUCAUUAAAAACUGCCUUAUGCCACUCGUAGUAAAGACGAGAGUGUUCGCCGUGAGUGACGACAAUGAUAUUAUUUAGUAGUUCUCGGAUUGAGGGUUUUGACAUGCAUCAGUUAUCUGUGGCGGUGUUACAGAAAGGUUAAUGGUGAGAUGUAUGUUUCCUAAAGUGAUGGUAUACGCGAGAUGACGCUUUUGAUACGAGAUAUUAGUAUUAUCUUUGUGUAUCAGUAUUUCCCAUAUUUAACAUGGCAAAUGGUAAUGUUGUACAAGUGCUGUGAGGGAAAAUGCCUUUUAUAAUGACAUCAAAUUAGCUUGUUUAAAAGCUGUUUGUUGAGACUAAUGUAUGAGACGAAUAAGCCAGAGACCCUGGAAGUGUGUGGCCACUUUGUAUGUUGAGAGGUUCUAACAUGUAAUAAUAAAAUAUUCAUUAGCAUUAUGCUGACUUAUGAGAUGCUACUAAAUGUGGGGCAACGUAAAAUGGCUGAUAUCAAACAGUGGUGACUCCACACAUCCAAAAGUUUGGCUACAAAUAAAGUAAGUUCACGACACUAACUCGAAUAGUUUUAUGAUUUAUCAUUAGGGUGGCCCUUAUUUCAAAGAAAAAUAAUGUUAUUCUUUAAUUUCAAUGUGAUUAAUACUUAUACCACAAGAAACUAUGGUUGAAUUUUAAGAAUACUCUUGUUGUUCUUUAGUAUAUAUCCUCCAUUAAAGCAUACAACUACAUAAUCAGCUUCACAUUUCGAUAUUUAUUCAAUAACAAAUAUUAAAUGAUGUUUAAGUAGGAAAGUUUUAAAGCAAUCCAGAGCUCUAAUCAUCUACCUAGCACGAUGGAGAUCAGCAGGUUUCCUAAAUGUUUAAUAUAAAAUCCUAAAUCUUAUCCAAAAAUGAUUUAAAUCAUUUAGAGAUUUGUAAUCGAAUAUAAUUAAGUGCCUCGGUAAUAAUUCAAGUCACCAUAAGGACCACCCUAAUAUCUAGUUUUAUUUUUAACGACAAACGAACACAGAAAGACUCGAGGUUGUAAUAAGUUGCUCAGUGCAAUAAUGACAUGGGUUUUGUAAUUUUAUAGUUCUAAAAUUCAACUUAUACUCUCAGUAACAUAUUAUUGUGUAAUAGUGCCGUAAUACCAACAUUGCCCACCGAUAUCGGAUCCAAAUUCGGACAAAUAUCCACGCGUUCAUCAAACCUAUCCCAACCAUCAAUCAUUAUCAUCUAGGGCAAAUCGCAUAGCGAAAUGUUCAGUAGUUAAUGCGCGGCAUCCGUAGGUUGCAAUAUCUAAGAGCUGUCAAGCUUAGCGCAAUUUUUCUACAAGCCUUUGAGCAAUUAAUAACAUUUAUUUAAAAACUCUCUUAUAAGUACCCUACAUUAUUUCUAGUACUUUCUACAUACACAAAUUAUAAAAAUCAUAAGUUUACGCUUAUAAAUAUGGGUAUACUUGGAUUAAAAUAAAUGAAUAUCCAAAGGGUUGGAAAAUGUGCCUAAUAAAAUUUGGCAUUUCUCCAAAAUAUAGUAAAAAUUAUAAAUGAAAAACAAACUUUGAACUGUAAGUCCUCAUGGACUUGGAAUAGUGAUUAAAAGCGUAUGUGUGAUAGACUGCAUCCCUAGUGUACAAGAGUUGACAAGUUAACAGAAAAUGCGCUGACUUUGCUAACAAAUACUCGAACUAAAUAAUAAAUGGAGAUUGGGCCAAACUCUGUUUUCUCACGUGCUUUCGGUAAUUUGUCAAUUCAUGUGGAAGAUAAAGUAAUUCUCGUAUGCGUUCCCGGGUUUAUACUAGACUAAUAACAUUACAAUAUUCCCUAUACUAUUCUUAUGAAAAGCUAAUAUGUCGAGCCACUCUUCGUUUUCCAUUUCUUUGGGAACGUAUCUUGACAUUUAUCGGCAUAGACGAUUUUAUAUGUAAGAAAAUUUUAUACUUAUAAAUCAUAGCAUAAUUUAAAGUAAGACAAACAGCUGGUGGGGUAGCCGUGUUCACCAAGUAAUUAUUAAUUUAUUAUUGACGUUGUUAACUUAUAAUAAUUAUUAAUAAAUAAAAGGUUUGCCAAUCGUUGAAACAAAAUAUUGAAACAAUAUAAUUUUUCAAGUUCUCAAUAUUUCCACCGUGUGUUCCCUCCAAUGCAUAUUACAAGUGAAAAAUGUGAUUAAUGACUGCCAUCUUCUCCUGUGUGGGUUGUGAGGUCAAUGAUGGACCUCACCAACGACUGCCAUAAAAUAGUGCAGAUGAAAAUAAUAUUCUUUUUAAAAUUAACGACUGACAAACCUUGAGUAGUGAUGUUAUUGUACCGAUCGUGCACUUGGUUUUUAACUUUCUACUUAAUAUAAAAUAGGUUGGUGUUGCUGGUUUUAUAGCUUGGUUUGGUAUCAUGACUAAUAUGUUUCACUAUUUUAUAUCAAUCUGUUCAAUAUAUAUAUAUAUAUAUAUAUUUGCCUUUUCUCUACUAGAUAGACUAAUUAUUUUAUAGGUAUUACAUUCUUAGGUUUUUUCUCUAAUAAAUCUAUGAACCCAGCAAUAUCAGGGCGCUAUAAAUAGUAUUGCUUACUGUAGUUCCUACUCCAUUAAAUAAAGUUAUAACGCCUUCGCCCAAUUCACAUUAUUCCAGUCCAGCGAUUGAAUCCAAUGCUGGAAUGUUACUGGAAUAGGCGGGACUUUAGUGAAAGAUGUUACUCCUCGAAUGGCUUAUUUUCAGUAUAUUGGUCACUGAUAGAACAGACGUAACUCUGAGCACCGAUCUUAUAAUAAACUACGGAAAACGUAGAUAUUUUUUGCAAAAUGAAAUGAUCAGGAUAUUGCAGGGUUCAUGAAAGACUUGAAAUAUUUACAAAAUAAAAGAUGUUUCGAUUGGUGACCAAAGAAUUAUUGAGCUUGAAACUGCCGUUGUCCGAACAUAAGUCGGUGCUCAUGCCUAUGAAUUUCUGUCCCUAAAUGAUGAACUUAUACUAAUGAAUUAUUUCAUAAACGUCCUUGCAAUAAGCUAGAAUGUUAGAUAUUAAUAUAUUGUGCAUUUGUUUAAUGAAAUUUUACUGAAAUUUAAUUAACUGAUGUUUUAUUGCAAUGGGCCAAUAUAAGUUUGUUUAUUGCUUAUUAUUGUUAAAUAUUCCCUAGGAUAAGCCACUAUUUAUAAUUAAAGAUAAUAUAGUACCUAAAACAUAAGUCUGGGGAGUUUAUACUGCAGGAAGAGGGACUAAAAUGUUGUAAAUUGUACCGACUAUAUUGAGUUCCUUCGUUUUAGACAUCAAUCAUCACUCAGACUACAAAUUUUACAUAAACAUAUUUUUGUAAUGAAUGAAAUAUUAAAUGAUAUUGUUUAUUAAAAGAAAUACCAGGAGCGGAAGCUGGAAUUUAAUUUACUUUAAUUUCAAAUAAUAAACUAAUAAUUAUUUCGUGAAGUAUAUUGUAUGUAGUAUUUGCUUCAACUCCUGGUCACUAGACAGAAUGGGAAUUGCAGUCGAACGGAUAAACAUAAUAAUUGUAACAGUAUUUACGGCUAUUUUCCUACAUAGCAGUGUCAUGAGACUUAAUAAUUUAUUUUGUAACUCGGGCCGCCAUGCACUGCCCUAAUAAUAAUCAGUAGUGAUUGAGAAUCGAGUGAAAUUAAAAUAAUGAACUUUGA